AUGACCAAGUUGCGACGUGGCGAUACUGGCGAUGCCGGCGAAACGUCUGGGAAUGUACCACGUCCACGGUCCUACUCUGGAAACGAUGCUGCAGACAAUGGACCCCGGACUAGGUGCGUUCCAAUAAGUCUUUCUACCAAUAUGACCAGUUUCGAAAACACUUCCUACCAAUAUGACCAUGUUGCGAAAACAAGGUCAAACAAGCUCUAUACAACGAAAGGAGACUGCGAUCACUUCCUACCAAUAUGA